CAAAGUGACCGUUAAAAUAAGAAGCCCGAGGUGCGAAAAUUCGCUGACAUAUUCUGAGCUGUUCGCGCGCACGAGGGGAGCUGCGCUGUAGCGCGGAAUCUGGCGUCAAUCUUCUUUUCUCUUGGAAUACAUCAGGAGAGAAACAGUGAGAGACGUGUCAACAUGUCAAAGCAGAAGUUUAAUAAAGACUAGCAAGCCUUGCUGUGAACCUGUUCGAAAAAGAAAUCUCAUCACACAUUUACCAUCGGACAAACAGGACAUUUUUAUCUGGAAAGCGUAAUCCUGGUUACUUGGAGGUUUAAGAGAUUUAAGAGUGUCAUGAAAAUACAAAAUAAUAUAUAACGUGGAACAAUAGUGAAUUUCCUUCUCAGUUUAAAUCAGGAAAACCAAGCAUAGCCACAGCUUCUAUGAGAGGAGGGGUAGAGUUUGUUUAAGUGCUGCAGUGAAUAUGGACUCAUCUGGGAAUUCUACAGAAACACAACAGUUCAUGAACUUCCCGUGGAAAAAUAACACAGAGCCACACAGCUGUCAGUCCGCAAAUCUAUAAAGAGGAAUUACCGCCGCCCGGCAACUCCCAAGACGCAAAUACACUUCCACAUCAUCUGAUAGAAUCUCCAUCCGAGGACCAAAAUUUGGGGACACCAAAUCCCCCAUGUUGCUCAUAUCAGACAAGCUAUAUAUAUUUGUAUGAGCAUAUAAACCCUCCGGAUCACCAAGAAUUGCAGAUUUUAUGGAGCGAUAACACGGUCCAGUGUGUCACUCAGAAGUGAGGGUUAUUCAGCUGUCUAUACGGAUUUUGCAGACGGAGGAACAAGCAGAAGUUGAAACAUUAAAUGGAAAUGAGCACAAUCGACAUUUAAGCCCAAACAGACUGGAAUAAUUGUUCCACUUAGGAUAUUUGAUUAGUUUUUUUGGAGGUGGAUUUUUUUAUAUAGAAAAAAACUCAUUCUGGGUGACUUAUAUCACAGAUACAAGCACGUUUCAUCAUAUUUUAUUCUCCUUUUAACCUUAAUCUCCUUUUAGUCCAUUAUCUUCCCAGAGUUCAUUCUGGCCGGGCCUGUUUCUUCUAAAGGAGGGGAGGACUUCCUCUCUAUUGCUGCCUCACGUCUCAAUCGCAGGAAGCGGGUUAUUGGGGCGGCAGUGGGUGUGGCAAUGGUGUUAGUGCUACUGAUCACUAUACCACUAUUGGUGCAUAGCACCAAACUGGGUGGGUCAGGGGGCGGAGGCUCACAAUAUGAAAUGCUUGGCAGCUGUAAAAUGGUCUGUGACUCUCUGACACCAACCAAUGAAUUAACACCUGUUUCCCCUCCUCCUCAUGAUAUACCAGGACGCAGAGGGGGCGGUAAGUCAGGAUUUCGUGGUAGUCAAGGGCCACCAGGCCCACGUGGGCCCCCUGGAGAACCAGGAAAACCAGGCCCUCCUGGACCUCCAGGUCCUGGCCCUGGGGGAUACAUCCCAUCAUUCUACAGCCCCAAAAUAGCCUUCUAUGCAGGUCUGCGCAAGCAGCACGAGGGAAGUGAGACACUGAAGUUUGAUGACGUGGUCACAAAUGUUGGGAAUUACUAUGAACCGUCCACAGGAAAGUUUACCUGCCCUCUUCCUGGAAUCUACUUCUUCACUUAUCAUGUGCUCAUGAAAGGUGGAGAUGGAACUAGCAUGUGGGCCGACCUCAAGAAAAAUGGACAGACGUGGGAGAUGAGGUCUGUGUGCAGCUGGAUGGUGGAAAGGUGCACGGAGGAAACGCCAACAAAUAUAGCACAUUCAGUGGCUUUCUUAUCUACCCCGACUAACAUACCAACACAUACACGUCUUGCUAAAAAAACACAAGCACUUUCACAUAUUUGCAAACAAUUACAGACGCUGUUUACCUGCCAUGAGAGUAGUGAUCUAUCAACACAAUUAACAUUAGACUAUUAUACUAUACGUGUUUAUAGGAAACAGUGGAUAUAACAAGAAAAUAACAAGAAGAAAAACUGUAGCUUUGAUACUGAAAGUUUAUUUUUUAUUAUAGUAUUAAACAUCAAUGUGAAACAGUGUUUUUAGUCCAUUUACAUAAUUUGAUAAUAAGUUGGUCACUUUAGAGAAAAUAUGUGAUUUUUUUCUCCAUCAGAAAUUUAUUUGAUUGUGGAAAGUUUUGUGACGUCCACUGGACAUUCAGACAUUUCGAGUUAGAACAAGUAUUUACAUUUUGUGUAGUUCAUUGGAGUGAUCAUUCUCCUAAGACCAAGAAUGUGUAUUAUGGAAAUCAUUAGGGUACAUUUUGAUUUUCAUAUUGACUUCAAUGAAAUUGUACAAAUUGUAUGCAUUGGACUCAUUACUUAAUAUUGCAUGGAAUCAAGAUUUAUUUACUACUUUACAACUCAAUAUUAAGCAAGUGUUUCAAUUCUGGUGUUUGAAAGGCCCAACAUUGCUGCACAAAAUGUUUAUGAUGUUGAUAUUGUUAACUAAAAAAACCUGAAACAUGUUAGGCCUCCUUAGUAAUAAAAAACUUUUGAAGAUCACCCAGUUAUCGUGUCACGUUGUACUAGAUUGUAACAUUCUCCCUAUAGAAAAUGUGUAGGUUUGUUUGCAAUUUGCAUAACAGAGACUUAAUGAACAAAAGUGGAAUGCAUUUCAUGGCAUGGAAACGAUAUGUUUGUAACUUCUGUGUCUUAAGCUCGUAAAAUAUGUUUAUAAGGAUGAAAUUACAAUAUGUCACUAAAUUUGUUGUGGGAUAUGGCUAAAUGUUUUACAAUGAAUUGAUUGUAUGAUGGAAAGUUUCUGUGUAUGUGUG